UUUUCCUGGCAGACACAAAUCCCUACGGGGAACUUGGCACAAAGUGAGAAAAACGACUGUCAGCCCUCAGAGAUACAGUGUCCCUUUCUACAGUGUUUAGAACAGAGCACUAUUUGGGUUCUUUCUGUCAAUACCCCUCUACCCCCAUGCCACUGAUUCUGUAUGCCUGUCCCCAGAGCCUAGAUUGAAUUUAAGAAGUGGAAAGUUGGUGAGGAAAAAUGUGCAAACGUCAUUUUGUUACAAAAGACCAUCGGGAUUCUUUUCCUUAGAAAAUAUUUAUUGUGAGACAUAAAAUGAGGGAGGUGAAUAAUACCUUCAUUAGCUCAUUCGGUGGUCAUUUAUUUGAGCAUGUUUAUGUGCCACAAGCCAUGCUAGGGCCUGAGGAUACAGUGUUAGACAAGUGAGGCUUCCUCCUGCCGUUAGUGGUGACCAGUCUGGUGGGUGGGGUUAGACAGGAGCUAUGGCUGGCCCAUGGGGUAGGUGCUGGGACAGAAAGCCCAUGGGGCAGCAGGGCCAGGUGGGGCAGUAACCAGCCAAGAGCUCCAGGGGGCAGAGAAGGCUUUUUCUGGAAGAAAUGAUGUCAUAAAGAAACCUGAGAUUGGGUAAAAGAUGGCCAGGUGAUGAGCUGGAGCUCAGAGUAAAUAGGCAACAGAAAGCCAGGUGUGUUGGUUCACGAGGCUGGAAUGGACUUUACUGAGGGGAGUGGAAUGGAGAGAAUAUGCCAGAUGACAAGAUCCAUAUUGUGAUGUGCCUGGAGUUGAACUUGAUUCUGAUGUGAUGGUGAUAAACAGAAGAGUAAUAUGGUCAGAUAUGCCUUUUGGAAAGGUCACUCUGGCCACUGUGUAGAUAAUGAACUGAGAACAGCAAGAGUGGGGGCAGGGAGCCAUUCAGGAGACUGUGUCCUUUGUGCAGAACAUCUCAUGGAAUUCAUAUUCUGUGGAAGAUACUUUGGGAAGUGCUGAAUUAAAGAAAAAAGGUUUUCGUUUUUUGAAAUCAUUUAUGUGAUUUCUGAGUUACACUUUCAUCGUGGAGAGAAAACUUAUGCCCUUGCCUCUAUACAUCUCCACAUCAUAAAUGGAACCCAAUGGCAUCUUCAGCAGUAAUGACAACAACACGGACUGUUCAAUCGAAAACUUCAAAAGGGGAUUUUACCCCAUCGUGUACCUGAUAAUAUUUGUCUGGGGAACCUUGGGAAAUGGAUUUUCCAUAUAUGUUUUCCUGCAGCCUUAUAAGAAGUCCACGUCUGUGAAUGUUUUCAUGCUAAACCUGGCCAUUUCAGAUUUUUUGUUCACAAGUACACUGCCCUUCAGAGUUGACUAUUACAUCAGAGGCUCCAACUGGAUAUUUGGGGACCUGAGCUGCAGGAUUAUGUCUUAUUCUAUGUAUGUCAACAUGUACAGCAGCAUUUAUUUCCUGACUGUGCUGAGCAUUGUGCGUUUUCUGGCAACUGUUCAUCCCUUCCGGCUCCUCCAUGUGGCUAGUAUCAGGAGUGCCUGGAUUCUGUGUGUGGUUAUAUGGGUCCUUAUCAUGGCUUCCUCAGUAGUGCUUCUGAACAAUGGCUCUGAGCAGAAUGGCAAUACCACAUUAUGCUUAGAGUUGAAUAUGAAUAAAAUUGUUAAACUGAGGACGAUGAACUACAUUGCCUUGGUGAUAGGCUUCAUGCUACCAUUCUGCUUGCUCAGCAUCUGUUAUCUGCUAAUCAUUCGAGUCCUGUUAAAGGUAAAGGUCCCAGAAUCUGGGCUGCGGGUUUCUCACAAGAAAGCACUUAUCACCAUCAUCAUUGCCUUGAUCAUCUUCCUUCUGUGUUUCCUGCCUUAUCACAUACUGAGAACCCUCCACCUGGUCAUGUGGAAAGUGGAUACAUGCGAAGACAAUCUUCAUAAAGCUGUGGUCAUCACACUGACCUUGGCAGCAACCAAUAGCUGCCUCAAUCCUUUGCUCUAUUAUUUUGCUGGGGAAAAUUUUAAGGACAGACUAAGGUCUGCACUCAGAAAAGAUCACCCCUGGAAGACAAAGUACAGCAUUCCUGUCUGCGUGUGGUUGAAAGAGGAAACACAAGUUUAAGGGGUUAUUAAAUGAGGCCUGUUUUUGUA